AUGGCGACCUCUCUCGCCAUUCCGCUCUCUACACACACCUUCCGGCAGCCUCAAAAACUCAUAAACAAAAAUGAAGACCUCACCCAUUUCCUCCAAUCAAAAGCUCACCAUCUUAUCGUCUCGUAUAUCCAGCACUUUUCAGACGCGUUAACGCCAACGGGGUCGGAUACCAAUUCCACAGAGUCUCGAUAUGCAAAUUCGCCAGCCAUAGUCGUCUCCCAGCCCGUCAGCCAGAUCGUCGAACUACUGGCUACCAUAGAAGCUAUAAUAGAUGAAGUCCCACCCGUUGAAGGGCCCAGAAGAUUUGGAAAUGUGGCGUUUAGGGCUUGGUUUUUGACGGUAGAACAGAGGUCACCCGAGCUGCUGCGAAAGUAUUUACCGGAUAGUAUCGUAAACACACCGGCAAAGGAAGACGGUGUCUCUGCUCUUGAAGAACUUCAGGUAUACCUGCUUGGUGGAUUCGGAAGUGCGCAAAGACUGGAUUAUGGAACCGGGCAUGAACUUUCGUUCUUUGCGUUUUUGUGUGGGAUUUGGGUGCUCGGUGGGUUUGAACCUGGGAGGGAUGAGUUAGCUUUGAUGUUCAAGGCUUUCGAUGCGUACUUGGCAAUCAUAAGAAAGCUAGUCUUGACCUACAGCCUUGAACCGGCAGGUUCUCACGGAGUAUGGGGACUGGACGAUCAUUCCUUCCUACCAUACAUAUUCGGGUCAGCACAGCUUGCUGCUACACCUGAAGGAAUGGGUCCUCCCGCUCCCGGAUCGAUUGUCGAGGCAAAUACAGUAGAACGCGAGAGAAACCGAAAUAUGUAUUUCGGCGCCAUCGGGUUCAUCAGAGAUGUAAAGAAAGGCCCGUUCUGGGAACAUAGCCCGUACCUAUACGAUAUCAGCGGGGCCAUCGGCGGUUGGAAGAAGAUCAACUUGGGAAUGAUGAAGAUGUAUGCUGCAGAAGUACUUGGGAAGUUCCCAGUAGUUCAGCACUUCCCCUUCGGCUCGAUCUUUUCGUGGGAUCUCGUCGAGGGCGCAAAACUACCACCCGGGUUCCCAUCAUUUAGUGCCACAGCCGCAGCGUCAUCUUCAACAAUGCCUCCACCAACCCUCCUUCCAGGUGGUGGUGAGGAAGGAGGUACAAAAGCUCCAUGGUCAACCCUCCCAUCCGACCCCCCUAAAAAUCUAUCAGCAAUUCCUCCAACGACAAGGAUGCGAGCCUCAACCCCUAUCUCUCAAUCAAAUCUUGCGAAUAGAGUUCCAGUCUCUUCCCUCCGAGGUCCACCUAUGGGAAUGCCUCCUCCCUCCCGUCCAAAUAAUACCACCCCACCACAUAAUAUUACGCUUAACCCAGAAACUACAACAACUGUUCCGGUGCCUGGUGGGUUCGCACCCGCAAUCGGUGGGAUAGCUGUUACUACAGCUCCAUGGGCUAAGCCUCCUACCGGGCCCUCGGGAUUUGGAAAGGGAAGUGGAGGUGGUGAGGCGGUGGGGCGAGAUCCCACUUCUCCGGAUUCAGUGACAGGGGUUGAUGCGCCGGUACGGAGGGUUAGAAGUGGUAGUGUGACUGUUGGGGAGACGGGGAGCUUGGCUGGAGGGAAGGUGGUUGAAUAUACAAACAGUCAUAAUCAAGAUAAGGAGGAAGAGAAAUAG